AUGUCGGCCACCGAUACUGCCCCGAUUCAGGCGACGAACCUAUUCAAUGUCAACGGCCUCGUGGCCGUCGUCACUGGCGCCGGUUCUGGGCUUGGGCGCAUGAUGGCAAGGGCGUUGGCAGCGAAUGGAGCAUCCAAAGUGUUCAUCAUCGGGCGCCGAGAGAGUAACCUGAAGGAGACAGCAGAUUCUGUACCCGGAGGCACAAUCAUCCCCCUGGUCGGCGAUGUCACCUCCAAGCAGUCUUUACAAGAGUGUUUCGAGAAAGUCAAAGCACAGGUCGACCACAUCGAUGUGCUCGUUGCAAACAGCGGCAUCUCUGGCCCAUCAGUCCCAACACUGGACAAGGACCAGAAGCCGGUCUCCAUCGAAGAACUCGCUCAGAACAUGUGGAAACCGGAGCCAGAAGAAGUGACCUCCACAUACGCCGUCAACCUCACAGGCAUCCACUUUACCGUCGCUGCGUUCCUGCCGCUGCUUGAUGCCGCAAACAAGAAGAGACCAGCGCCGAACAAGGACAAUUUCACUCCUCGCCCACAAAUCAUUACCACUGCGAGCAUUGGUGGCUUUAAUCGAAAGGCCCUGGGUAACUUCUCUUAUGGACCAUCCAAGGCAGCGGCCGUGCAUCUUAGCAAACAACUGUCGACGGCUUUGGUGCCCUACGACAUUAGGGUAAAUGCGAUAGCACCGGGCCUUUACUACUCGGAGAUGACGCACGGCAUGUAUCAAGCCCAAGGCAAGACAGAGAUACACAACAUCGAAGGCGCUUUUGGCAAAGAUGUUGUUCCUGCGACAAGAACUGGUGACGAGCAGGAUAUGGCUGGUGUCAUCCUUUGGCUUUGUUCAAGGGCUGGAGCGUAUAUUAAUGGAUGUGUGGUCGUCACGGAUGGUGGCCGCCUCAGUGUUGUGCCCUCCUCUUACUGA